AGGAUUCUGUGGUACUGUGGUCAAAAAGUAAAAUUGACUACUCUAAAAUGACUAAUGCAACAUAGUUUUCGAAGAUGGUGGACGUGUUGGAGGAUGUAAUUAUGGAUGCCGAAGACAGCGGAGAUAUUAUCCCCAAAACUACCGAAGAAAUUGCAGAAUUAAAGAAAGAGAAUGGCAACCAACUCUUCAAAAUCAAACAGUAUAGGUCUGCUUUACCACUAUAUACGGAAGCCAUCAAGUUGUGUCCCCACAUUUCUGCCUACUAUGGAAACCGGGCUGCCUGUUAUAUUAUGCUUAAUCGCUACAAUGAAGCUUUAGAUGAUUCAAGAAGAAGUAUACAGUUGGAUCCUAAUUUUGUGAAGGGGUAUAUCCGUAUUCUGAAAUGCGGCAUAGCUCUGGGAGACUUGGUAACCGCCGAGGGUGCGGCAAAAAAUGCGGAACGUUUGCAACCCGGAUCGGUGAUCAACGAGAUCAGAUCUCUGGAGAAACUCAAACAAUACGAAGCAGACGCGAGAAAGGCGGAGGAGGCUAAAGAUUAUCGCAAAGUGGUUUUUUGUAUGGACAGGUGUCUGGACGAAGCUCCGGUUUGCGAAAAAUACAAAUUAAAAAAGGCCGAAUGUUUGGCAUAUCUGGGAAGAUGCCAAGAAGCCCAAGAAAUCGCGAAUGACAUCUUGCGUUCAAGCAAAGGGAGCGCGGAUGCCAUAUUCGUCAGGGGUCUGUGUUUAUAUUACGACGAUAACAUAGACAAGGCGUUUACGCACUUUCAGCAAGUCCUCCGUUUCGCUCCGGAUCAUUCCAAGGCAAUGGAUCAAUACAAGCGUGCUAAGCAGUUGAAAAAAAAGAAGGAGGACGGCAAUGAAGCUUUCAAACUCUGCAGGUUUUCCGAGGCAAUUAACUUGUAUACGGAGGCUCUUGCCAUCGAUCCCCUAAACAAAAAGACAAAUGCAAAAUUGUAUUUCAAUAGGGCGAACGCAUAUUUCCGAUUGACGAAGCCGCGGGAGGCGGUUCAGGAUUGUACGCACGCGUUAUUUCUCGACGAAAGUUACCUCAAAGCAUUGCUUCGUCGGGCCAAGUGCUACAUGGACCUGGAGGAAUACGAGGAGGCGGUCAAAGACUACGAGAAGGCUUGCAAAAUCGACAAGAAUAGAGAAAACAAAAGACUGUUGCAGGACGCCAAAUUCGCUUUGAAGAAGAGUAAGCGAAAGGAUUACUACAAAAUUUUGGGGGUGGACAAGGGCGCCAGCGAGGACGACAUCAAGAAAGCUUACAGGAAAAGAGCGUUGGUCCAUCAUCCAGAUAGACACGCGCACGCCACCGAUCUGGAGAAAAAGGAACAGGAGAAGAAGUUCAAGGAAAUCGGAGAGGCUUACGGCAUCUUAUCUGAUCCGAAAAAAAAGGCUCGUUACGACAGCGGCCAGGACAUCGAAGAUUACAAUCAAGGAAUGUCAGAUAUAGACCCGACGCAAAUUUUCCAGACGUUCUUCAGCACGGGCGGACACGGCAACGGGGCGGAGUUCAACAUGAAUGGGUUCCCGGGAGGAUUCUCUUUUCAAUUCGGUUAACGCGAUUUUCGCGUUCUUUUGACUUGUUAGCUUGUGUACAUUCCGACCUAAUUAAAUUGUAACUAGCUCCCUCUUCCGGUAACCAACACCUCAUUAUUCAGUAUGCUAUAUUUAUCAGUUAGUGUUGCGCAUGCGCGUUAUUUGAUAAUUUUGUUGUUUGCCCUAUAAUGUACCCCAGAGGUGAAUACAAUAUAGACGAAUAAUAGAAGGUUUCUCUAUUCCCUUUACA